GAAAACUCCGGCGCAGCAUGCACAAGUCACUCAUACACUCGGCACAUAAUCUGUCUUGAGACUAAAUCCGCUCUUUCCAACCCUUAACGCUUGUCGAGAGACGUUUAUCAAUUGGCAAUACAGCUCAAGCACAUGUUCUGAACUAAAUCUCUUUACAAUCGUUCUCCCUAUUUACUCGCUGGCAGUACAGACGAACGCAGGAACUGUGAUGUCUUUAAACGCAGACCGGUGGCUAGUCUGUUCACGAAACCAAAAUCUCAUUAUUGCUAAUUGAAAUACGCACAGCGCAUUUCCCCCUCGAUCAAAUGCAUUGCUAGAUUAGAAGGGGUUUCAGGCAUCAGCUUUCCUGGAGAUGUCAAACGAGUUUGUCCUCGACGGGAGAUGAUCUUUAGUUCUAGUCCGAGACCGGCGAGAUGAGCAUAGCCACCAUUGCUCUCCGACUCCUGCUUGGAUCUCGAAGUACCCAAAGUCCGCAUAUCUGGAAUCAGAAUGUUACUAAAAGUAUUUUGUAGCUCUUGUUUGACAGUCCAUGGAACGUGAGAGUGUAAUUCUAGCACCUUGGCUGUGACAUUAGAGCGCCUAUCUAUAGAGAAAGCAGGGAUCGCAAGGCAGAUUGGGAUCAAACUAGUCGCUGCUCAGAGACCAAGGAUGCAAUUCCUUGUUAGAUAUGCGCACGUAAAGCGCACUGUGGUCAAGGACCAUCCUCUGUCCGGCUUCUAUUCCAAACAAUUAAUCGGAGUUGUGUCUGUGAAGUGCCGAGCAGUACCGGGAAUACCCCACUCGAGACCUACUAAAAGUGACCAAGGAGCAUCGACCGAGGUCACAGAUGAUGCGGUGGUGAAUUGAGAACGAACAAAGUCGAGUAUUUUUACUUCAGGAAUCAAAGAAGAGAAAAUAAUCGAACUUUCUGAGAUUUAAGCACAAAUGAAGUUCGAUCCUAAUUCUAACAGCUUGCCAAAACGAUCGGAGCUACCCGACAUACCGGGCGCUCCGAAAGGAGUAGCGUGGUUUUGGGGUGAUGAUGACGAGCUCGGGAGAUUGAACUUGCUUACCAACGAACGAAGACUGGCCGCUGCUAAGCUCAUUACCACUGGCGAGACUAUCAAUCUCGAUUGGCAGUAUGGACUCCCGGAUCCGCCAACCUUCAAGCGUGAGCCAUUCAAACACACGAUCAAGCCUCUGGGGGUGGCAGGACACGAUGACUUGUACGAAUUAAAUACGCAAUCAGGAUCUCAGUGGGACGGAUUUAGACAUGUCGGACUUAUCCACAACGAUAAACCCUUAUUCUAUAACAACCUUACCAAGGAGGAGGUCACGACUUCUACACGUUGUGGCGUCGGCGCCUGGGCCAAAGCCGGAAUAGUGGGUAGAGGCGUUCUCAUCGAUUAUUGGAGCUACGCCCAGAAGCAUGGAAAGUCGUACGAUCCUAUGUCGUCUCAUCAGAUCUCGGUCUCCGAAAUCCUGGCCUGCGCCAAGGAACAAGGCGUGGAAUUCAAGUACGGUGACAUUUUCAUAACUCGGACAGGUUUCAUAGACAGGUACAUGAGCCUUGACAGGGCUGGUCGAGAAGCGCUCGUUGCCGGCGAGUGGAGCGAGCACAAGUAUGUCGGUGUUGAACAAAGCGAAGAGAUGCUCGAUUUUCUACACGAUAACUAUUUUGCGGCCGUUGCUGGAGAUCAACCGUCCUUCGAGACAUGGCCCUUCCCAGCUUUGACCCUCCAUUCCUAUCUCCUUCCUCGGUGGGGUUCGCCCAUUGGAGAAAUGUUCGACGUCGAGGCUUUGGCUGAAGCAUGCAAGAAAUAUGGACGUUAUGAGUUCUUCUUCGUCAGCAGUCCUGCAAACGUUCCUGGCGGUGUGGGCAGCUGGCCCAAUGCAAUGGCUAUCUUCUAGUCUGAUCAAUGAAUUCGAUAUAGUCAGGCAAUGCGUCUUUCCUUUCUAUAUCUCAGCUGUAGUGAAACAGUGAUACCCGGGUCUUUUGCA